UAUACACAAGUAUAAAGAAGCAAAGUGGGAUAGAAAUUGGUUGAGGCAUAGAGCGGCAGCAAUGGACCCAAAAUUAACAAAUCUAGGCGGCUCUCUUCCGGUGCCUAUCGUACAAGAAUUGGCCAAGGAGGAAUCAGCAACAGUUCCUCCAAGAUACGUGCGCCCAGAUCAACAUCAACAGCUGGUUCUCUCUUCUCUCGACUCUUCCUUCCCUCAAAUCCCCGUCAUUGAUAUGCAAAAGUUUUCAGACAUCCAUACAAUGGAUUCCGAGCUUCAUGCCCUGCAUGAUGCAUGUCAAGAAUGGGGGUUUUUCCAGUUGAUGAACCAUGGGGUGGACUCUGCUGUGGUGGAGAAAAUGAAGUCAGAAAUCCAGGAAUUCUUCAAUCUCCCAAUAGAAGAAAAGAAGAAAUUGAGGCAGAAGGAAGGGGACCUAGAGGGCUAUGGGCAAGCCUUUGUUGUAUCAGAAGAGCAAAAGCUCGACUGGGCUGACAUGUUUUACAUAGUUACUUCACCAACUUACCUCAGAAAGCCUCACUUAAUUCCCCAGCUUCCUCCUACUUUCAGGGAUACCAUAGAAGUGUACGCAUCAGAACUGAAAAUUCUUGGCAUGAAGAUUCUAAAGCUAAUGGCAAAAGCUUUAGACAUGAAAGCUGAAGAAAUGGAAACACUAUUCGCACAAGGGAUGCAAUCGAUGAGGAUGAGUUACUACCCUCCGUGUCCUCAGCCGGAGCUUGUCACGGGUCUCUACCCUCACUCCGAUGCAGUCGGUCUCACCAUUCUCCUCCAGGUCAAUGAAGUGGACGCCCUCCAACUCAAGAAAGACGGAUUCUGGAUUCCCAUUGCUCCCCUCCCUAACGCAUUCAUCAUCAACGUAGGAGAUAUCGUGGAGAUUGUGACCAACGGUGCUUAUAGGAGCAAUGAGCAUAGAGUAACUGUGAACAAAGAGAAAGCGAGACUCUCCAUUUCCACAUUUCUGAGCCCGAAUCUGGAUGGUGACAUGGGUCCUGCGCCAAGCCUCAUCACUCCUCCUCACACUCCAGCGAAAUUCAAGAGGAUCGGUGUGGCUGAAUAUUUCAAGGGAUACUUCUCACGGGAACUCGCGGGGAAAUCAUAUCUGGACCUCAUGAAGAUUAAAUUGGUUGAGGCAUAUGCAAUGGACCCAAAAUUAACAAAGCUAGGCAGCUCUCUUCCGGUGCCUAUCGUACAAGAAUUGGCCAAGGAGAAAUUAGCAACGGUUCCUCCAAGAUACGUGCGCCCAGAUCAACAUCAACACACGAUUCUCUCUGCUCUUAAUUCUUCCUUCCCUCAAAUUCCUGUCAUCGAUAUGCAGAAGUUUUCAGACAUCUAUACAAUGGAUUCUGAGCUUCAGGCCCUACAUAAUGCAUGCCAAGAAUGGGGUUUCUUUCAGUUGAUCAACCAUGGGGUGGGCUCUGCUGUAAUGGAGAAAAUGAAGAUAGAAAUUCAAGAAUUCUUUAAUCUCCCAAUAGAGGAGAAGAAGAAAUUGAAGCAUGAGGAAGGGGACAUACAGGGUUAUGGGCAAGCCUUUGUUGUAUCAGAAGAUCAAAAGCUCGACUGGGGAGACAUGUUUGCCAUUGUUACCUCACCAAUUUACCUCAGAAAGCCUCACUUAAUCGCCAAGCUUCCUGCUACCUUCAGGGACGCCACAGAAGUGUAUGCAUCGGAACUCAAAGUUCUCGCCAUGAAGAUUCUAAAGCUAAUGGCAAAAGCCUUAGACAUGAAAGCUGAAGAAAUGGAAACGCUAUUCGCAGAAGGGAUGCAUUCCAUGAGGAUGAACUACUAUCCUCCGUGUCCCCAGCCCGAGCUCGUCACGGGCCUCUGCCCUCACUCCGAUGCAGAUGGGCUCACCAUUCUCCUCCAAGUGAAUGAAAUGGAAGGCCUCCAGAUCAAGAAAGAUGGAGUCUGGAUUCCCGUUUCUCCACUCCCUAAUGCAUUCGUCAUCAAUAUUGGAGAUAACUUGGAGAUUCUGACGAACGGUGCUUAUAGGAGCAUUGAGCAUAGAGCAACUGUCAACAAGGACAAAGAAAGAAUCUCCAUUGCCACAUUUCUGGGCGCGAAUCUAGAUGGUGAUAUGGGUCCGUCGCCAAGCCUCGUCACUCCUCAGACUCCGGCAAAAUUCAAGAGGAUCGGGGUGACUGAAUAUUUGAAGGGACUAUUCUCGCGGGAACUCAUGGGGAAAUCAUAUCUAGACCUUAUGAGGAUUUAG